ACUCUGUCCCCGAACUCGUCGCGGUUCUUCCCCAAAGGCUCUCUCCAUUCGCUCAUUCCUUGUUUCCUCCCUCACAAAUUCGCCUAACUCGAAUUUAUAUAUAUAUUUUAUUAAUUAAUCCUUUAAUCGCUUUCCUUUUUUGCGUUUCCGUUUCCAUUUCUGAUGAGGUUUCCAGAUGGGGAAACCAUGGAUUCGAAUUUUAGUUAUACAGAUGAUUUUCGUCUUCGAUUCCUUGAUUCUCCGCUCCGCGUUCGGUGCCUUGUCCGAUUUCUCGAUAAUUGAUGACGACGACGACUACUCGGAUCUCUUCCACGGCGAUUACUCGCCGCCGGCGCCACCGCCGGCGUCUCCUCCGCCGCACCCGCCUCCCCUCUCGUGCGAGGCCUUGGAGGGAAUCGGGUCUGUGGACACCACGUGCGAGCUCGAUUACAGCUUGAACUUCACCGGGGACGUGUACAUUGAGGGGACUGGGAAUUUGUUCAUUCUCCAGGGCGUGGUUUUGAGUUGCCCUAUUUCCGGGUGUUCCAUUGAGGUUAACAUCACGGGGGUAUUUAGAUUGGACGCCAACGCUCGUAUUAUAGCUGGAACGGUGUAUAUAGUUUCCGGGAACACCACUUUGUUGGGUGGCUCGAUCAUCAAUGUGACUGCAUUGGCUGGUGACCCGCCGGAGCAUUCCAGGGGGACGCCCAAGGGGUACAACGGUGGGGGUGGGGGUCAUGGGGGUAGAGGGGCUAGUUGUUUGAUGGAUAAUAAGAAACUUCCGGAGGAUGUGUGGGGAGGGGAUGCAUAUUCGUGGAAGUCACUAGACCAGCCCUUUAGCUUUGGGAGUAAAGGGGGGAGCACGAAUAGGGAUGAUGAUUAUGGAGGGGAAGGGGGUGGGAGGAUAUGGCUGGAGUCAACAGACGUUGUGGAUGCUCAGGGUUUGCUUUUGGCUGAUGGUGGAGAUGGUGGGAUCAAAGGAGGAGGUGGGUCAGGGGGGAGUAUUUACAUCAAGUCCAAGAAAAUGACAGGAAGUGGUAGAAUAAGUGCUUCUGGGGGCAAUGGAUUUGGUGGAGGAGGUGGUGGAAGAAUUUCUGUAAAUUCAUUUAGUAGGCAUGAUGACCCCAUAUUCUUUGUUCAUGGGGGAAUAAGUUUGGGCUGUCCUGCAAACUCAGGUGCGGCAGGGACAUUCUAUGAUGCUGUCCCACGAAGACUAGUAAUCAACAAUCACAACAUGUCGACAGACACUGAUACCCUUCUCUUAGAUUUUCCUAACCAGCCACUCUGGACAAAUGUUUAUAUCCACAAUCAUGCCCGAGCCACUGUUCCUCUACUUUGGAGUCGUGUCCAGGUUCGAGGACAGCUUAGCUUAUCAAGUGGUUCUGUUUUAACUUUUGGGCUUGUGCAUUAUGCCUUAUCGGAAUUUGAAUUGAUGGCAGAGGAACUAUUGAUGAGUGACUCAAUAAUUAAGAUCUAUGGGGCUUUGCGGAUGUCUGUGAAAAUCCACUUGAUGUUGAAUUCCAAAAUGCUUAUAGAUGGUGAAGGUGAUGCAAAUGUUGCAACAUCUGUACUUGAGGCUAGCAAUUUAGUGGUUCUAAAGGGUUCAUCCAUUAUACAUUCAAAUGCAAACUUGGGAGUUCAUGGACAAGGUUCAUUGAACUUAUCUGGACCUGGAGAUUUGAUUGAGGCUCAGCAUUUGGUUUUAUCACUGUUUUACAGUAUAAAUGUUGGGCCAGGAUCCAUUUUGCGAGGUCCAUUAGAUAAUACAAGCAUCAAUCACAUUGCACCGCAGCUCUGCGGAGAACUCCAAGAUUGCCCCAUUGAGUUGCUUCACCCACAUGAAGAUUGCAAUGUUAAUGGUUCAUUAUCCUUUACCCUUCAGAUAUGUCGUGUUGAAGAUGUAUUUAUUGAAGGCUUUUUAGAAGGGUCCGUAAUUCAUUUUCACUGGGUUAGAGCAGUUCUUGUAAAGUCUUCUGGAACAAUAAGUGCUUCUGGUCUAGGUUGCAGUGGUGGGUUGGGCAGUGGUGAGCUCUUGCCUAGUGGUCUUAGUGGUGGUGCUGGACAUGGUGGCAGAGGUGGUGAUGCAUAUUACAAUGGCACGUAUAUGGGGGGUGGUCUUACUUAUGGUGAUGCUGAUUUGCCAUGUGAACUUGGUAGUGGAAGUGGAAAUUGGAGUCUGCCAGGUGCUACUGCUGGGGGUGGCAUACUUGUUAUGGGUUCAUUGGAGCAUUCUCUGUCGAGCUUGACGGUCUAUGGUUCAAUUCAAGUCAAUGGAGAAAGCUUUGGAAAGUUUAUCAGAGAGGAUGGGAGUAAGGUUGCUUCAGAACCAGGUCCUGGGGGUGGAGGAUCUGGAGGAACAGUUCUUCUGUUCAUUCAUUCUUUGUUCCUUGGUGAUUCUUCUACUAUCUCAGCUGUUGGAGGUCAUGGCAGUACUAAUGGUGGUGGUGGAGGUGGAGGAAGAAUUCACUUUCAUUGGUCAGACAUUUCUGUUGGAGAUGAGUAUGUGGCUAUAGCAAAUGUGAAUGGAACUAUUGUGGCUAGAGGAGGAGUUGGUAGAGAUCUUGGGAAAGGAGGAGAAAAUGGAACUAUUAGUGGUAAAGCCUGCCCAAAAGGGCUUUAUGGAAUAUUCUGUCAGGAAUGCCCACUUGGAACAUACAAGAAUGUAAGUGGAGCUGAUAGAGCCCUUUGUCACAAGUGUGAAUCUCACUAUCUUCCGCAUCGUGCAGUGUAUGUUGCUGUUCGAGGUGGUGUAACUGACACUCCCUGUCCAUACAAGUGCAUUUCAGACAGAUAUCACAUGCCGCAUUGUUUUACGGCACUUGAAGAGUUGAUUUAUACAUUUGGGGGCCCGUGGCUGUUUGGUUUAAUUCUUUUUAGUCUCCUUGUCCUGUUAGCUCUGGUUCUUAGUGUUGCUCGUAUGAAAUUUGUUAGUACUGAUGAACUACCUGGCCCAGUGGCUGCUCGCCGUGGAUCUCCAAUUGACCGUUCAUUCCCAUUCUUGGAGUCAUUGAAUGAGGUGUUGGAAACAAGUAGAACUGAGGGAUCCAGUACACAUGUGCACAGAAUGUAUCUUUUGGGUGCUAACACUUUCAGUGAUCCUUGGCUUGUUCCUCAUUCUCCUCCUAAAGAAGUUUCACAAAUUGUGUAUGAGGAUGCAUUCAACAUAUUUGUGGAUGAGAUUAAUGCUUUGGCUUCUUAUGAGUGGUGGGAAGGAUCAAUCUAUAGCACCCUUUCUAUUUUUGGGUACCCACUUGCAUGGUCAUGGCUGCAGUGGCGUCGGAAGAAGAAAAUACAACGUCUUCGUGACUUUGUUCGAUCAGAAUAUGACCAUGCUUGCCUGCGGUCCUGCCGUUCGCGUGCACUCUAUGAGGGUCUCAAGGUAUCAGCUACUUCAGAUCUUAUGCUUACAUAUAUAGACUUCUUCCUUGGUGGAGAUGAGAAAACUGAGGACAUGCCUCCUCGCCUUCAUCAACGGUUUCCAAUGUCUAUAGUCUUUGGAGGAAAUGGAUCAUACAUGACUCCGUUUUAUCUCCACAGUGAUAACAUACUGACUAGCCUUAUGAGUCAGUCAGUUCCACCUACAAUAUGGUACCGUCUAGUGGCUGGUUUGAAUGCUCGACUUCGUUUAGUUCGCCGUGGGCAUCUAAGAGAUGCAUUUUCCCAAAUUGUUGAAUUGCUUGAGACCCAUGCAAAUCCGUCUUUGCGUGCCUAUGGAAUACGCGUUGAUCUAACUCGCAUUCAGCCUUCAGCCAGUGAUUAUUAUCAAUUUGGACUUGUGGUAUGUGCUGUGGAAAAUGAACCUGUGCAGCCAUCAAAUGAAAGCCCAAGCAAAUCUCUUUCAAUUGAGAAAAAGUCACGGCCUGGCAUCCUCUGGAGGAGAGCAUUUGAUCUUGUUAGAGUUACUAAUGAACAUGCUUCAACACAGAAAAGGAUACUUCCUGGAGAAAUUUUGAAUUCCAGGAACGUGAAGGCACUUAAAGAGAGAUUCACUAUUGGCUAUCUCUCUUAUUAUAUAGUUCCUAAUACAAAACCUGUUGGCCAUCAGGAUCUUGUUGGUUUGGUCAUCUCAAUACUCCUCCUAGGAGAUUUUAGCUUGGUCUUACUAACAUUACUUCAGUUGUAUUCUAUCUCACUGCUGGAUGUGGUUUUGGUUUUGUCUAUUAUUCCCAUGGGCAUACUUAUUCCUUUUCCAGCAGGAAUUAAUGCUUUAUUUAGUCAUGGACCUAGGUGUUCAGCAGGUCUUGCUCGAUUUUAUGCUCUAUGGAAUAUCAUCUCAGUUAUUAAUGUUGUGAUCGCAUUUCUUUGUGGAUUUAUUCAUUUUGAGAUCCAAUCCUCCUCAUCAACUAACAAGCAUACAGAUCCAAACGUCCAGUCCUGGAAUCUUAGCAAGGAUGAAACUGGAUGGUGGAUGCUGCCUUUGGGACUUUGUCUGAUCAAAAUCGCCCAAGCUAGACUGGUUAACUAUCAUGUGGCUAACCUUGAGAUUCAAGACCGCACAUUGUACAGUAAUGACCCCGAAGUGUUCUGGAGCUCAUGAAAGGCAUUCUGAUUCUGAAGCCAACCAUAUAAAUGAGAGUUUGUUGUUUGUGUUAUUGUUUUGGUUAUUUGUUGAGGUGUAGGUCGGGUAUAAUGAGAGUUUGAGUUUGUUCUCCUGCCUGGGCUAUUUUAAGUUACCCAGUCUCUGAUGAAUGAAUGUAAAAGUAGACAAACUUGAUGUGCAGAAAGAAAGAAAGAAAGCGUUUUCAUACAUGUAAAGCUGUUGUAAGUUUGUAACUUGUUUAAUCAUGGAGCCUAGCCUCUGAUUUCCUAUAAGCCAUGUAUGUUUGAUAUUUUGAAUGUUAAAUGUGAUGCAAAAUUAAGCA